UCCCAGGGCCCGGAGCAUCCCGGGGCCCGGAGCCUCCCGGGCAGUGCUCUGCAGCGGCGGCGAUGAGGGUCUGGAGCUCGGAGCAUGUGUUCGGCCACCCAUGGGACACGGUUGUCAAGGCUGCCAUGAGGAAGUACCCGAACCCCAUGAAUCCCAGCGUGGUGGGCGUGGACGUGCUGGAGCGCAGUGUGGACGGUCGGGGCCGGCUUCACAGCCACCGCCUCCUCAGCACCGAAUGGGGGCUGCCCGGCCUCGUGAGAGCGAUUUUGGGAACCAGUAGCACUUUGACAUACAUCAGAGAACAUUCUGUUGUGGACCCGGUGGAAAAGAAAAUGGAGCUCUGUUCCACCAAUAUCACACUCACAAACUUGGUGUCGGUGAGCGAGAGGCUGGUGUACACGCCCCACCCGGAGGACCCGGGAAGGACCGUGCUCACCCAGGAAGCCGUCAUCACCGUGAAGGGGAUCAGCCUCGGCAGCUACCUAGAAAGUCUGAUGGCCAACACGAUCUCGUCCAACGCAAAGAAGGGGUGGGCUGCUAUUGAGUGGAUAAUUGAAAAUGCGGAACGCGCCCUGAGCUAACGAGGCCUGCAGCGCCCCUUGUGCCGAGCGGCGGUAAAUACACGACUCCUGAACGCGGCGAGGACCUGGCACCUGGGAAGGGGUCUGCGAGAUGCAGCUGCAUGCGGGUCUCCAGCCCUGUAGUGAAAA